AUGGCAAUCCUUAUUCCGGCGGCGAGUUUCGGUCGAUUAAACUUUCCGACUCGUGCGCAAGUUAGUAGUAUGAGAGUAUCUGCUUCUGCUAACUUACGCACUUCCCGACACGAUUCAGUGGAUUGGUUUAAAGAAACUUCAAGCUUUUUCGAACAAGACAAGAGACCGAUCAUGUUGUUCGAUGGUGUUUGCAAUCUAUGUAAUGGAGGUGUGAAAUUUGUUAGAGACCAUGACCAAAACAGGAGCAUUAGGUUUGAAGCAUUACAAAGCGAAGCAGGGAAGAAACUGUUGAUGAGAUCAGGAAGAGAUCCUGAUGAUAUAUCGAGUGUCGUUCUUGUCGAAAAAGAUAGGUCUUACAUAAAAUCAGAAGCUGUUUUGAAGAUUAUGAAAUACAUUGACUUACCGUUUCCGCAGCUUGCGUUCUUAUUCCAGUUUGCGCCUCUGUUUGUGAGGGAUUUUGUGUAUGAAAAUGUUGCAAACAAUCGGUAUACGGUGUUUGGUCGAUCUGAUUCAUGUGAGAUCUAA